CCACAAUAAUAUUUAAACAUUUGGAUUAAAAACUAAAUUUAAACAUGUCACACAACGUAAAGAUUUUGCCUGGAGCGACGGUUUGUGAAGACUGCACCCUGGAAGGUGACAUCACUAUUGGUGGUGGAACAGUCAUCCAUCCAAGAGUCACUAUCAUUGCAGAAGGAGGUCCCAUUAUCAUCGCAGAAUACUGCAUUAUAGAAGAAUAUUCUACUAUUAUACACAAAAAAAGUGAAAAUCAGGAGAAUCCUCCAAAGCCUUUAUUUAUUGGGGCGUACAAUGUUUUCGAAGUUGGCUGCAAGUUGGAGUCGCCCUGUGGUCACAUAGGGGAAAGUAAUGUGUUUGAGUGCCGAUCUUAUGUGGGAGUUGAUGUCAAGAUUGGCAGUGGAUGUGUUAUAGGUGCAGCGUGUCAACUCACAGCACCACAGACUUUACCAGAUAACACCGUCAUUUGGGGCUCCGAACAUCACAACAGAGAGGCCCUGGAAAAACAGCCUUCACAACUCUUGCAGCUUGAUUUUCUUGGCAAAGUGAUGCCUAACUAUCAUAGAUUAAGAAAGCCGAAUGUCCAUAAGCGACAACCCCAAAAACAACCUGAAGCAGCAAAAUCAUAAUAGCAUAGUUCUUACAAAGUAUUUGUACUUAUAUUUUGCUUCAUUGCAAAAAGUCUUACGAAAAUUAACAACUAGUAUCCAUCUUAAUUGAUGAACUUAAUUUAUACUGUUUAAUUCUUAAACUUUUAAUUUGAGAUUAAGAUAAUUAUAUUUAUAUUUAUUAACAUUAAAAACAUAAGCUU